AUGUUAAUUUUAGGUUUUAGUAGUGUAUCAUCUUCUAGAGUUUUAGAAUUAAGUGACAAAUUUAUUGAUAUUAGUAAUGGGGGAAUUUGGUUUGUGAAGUUUUAUGCACCAUGGUGUGCUCAUUGUCGAAGAAUGGAACCUAUAUGGGCACAUGUUGCUCAAGCUUUAUACAAUACUGAAAUAAAAGUAGCAAAAGUAGAUUGUACAAGAUUUACAGCUGUUGCUACUCAUUUUAAAGUAAGAGCUUACCCAACCAUAAUGUUCAUAAAAGGAGAGUAUUGGCAUGAGUAUUCAGGAGAACGUGUUAAGGAUGAUAUGGUUAAUUAUGCUAUGCGCAUGGCUCAACCAGCCGUGCAAAGAGUAUCUCAUGCUGACAGUCUAGGAUAUUUAAAGGAGAAUCAUAAUGUCUUUUUUGGCUAUGUUGGAAAACAACAAGGACUACUAUGGGAAAUGUUUUCAAAUCAUGCAGAGAAAUAUCAAGAGCAUAGCUGGUUUUAUGCUUUAUCUCACGAAGUAGCUAAGAAAGAUUUAAAGCCUCCAAAUGAUUCUGUCGUUUUUGUUUAUAAAGAGGAAGAAUUUUUUUACUUUAAAGCAACACCGGAAUUGUUAAAUGAUAAAGAUUCAUUAAAUUAUACUUUGAACAAAUGGGUAAAUUCAGAGAGAUUUGGAUUCUUUCCAAAAAUAACAAGAUCCAAUAUUAAUGAUUUAAUGGAUACAGAGAAAUAUAUUGUUAUUGCUGUUGUAUCUGAAAAUAAACUUAAUGAAAUAACACAAACUGAGCGAGACUUUAAGGAUAUGGUUGAAGGCAUUAUAAGAAGUAGAAAACAUGAGCUACAUCAUCGUUUUCAGUUUGGGUGGAUAGGAAACCCCGAGCUUGCAAAUACAAUAGCUAUGUCAGAAUUAACAGUGCCUCAUCUUAUUGUUCUAAAUUCAACUACUAGCCACCAUCACAUUCCUGAUGAUGAUCCAGUAUUAAUGACUCCGGAAGCUGUUGCAAUGUUCCUUGAACAAAUACACAACCAAAUGGCUCCUACUUAUGGCGGAAACAACUGGCUAGUCCGCAUGUAUAGAGGUUUCUAUGAAGCAAGAACUACGCUUAUAAGCAUGUGGCGCGGGAAUCCAGUUCUAACUGCUCUCGUCUUCGGGCUGCCACUUGGUUUUCUUUCACUUAUUUGUUAUUCUAUAUGUUGUGCAGACAUACUCGAUGCUGAUGAAGAAGAAAUUUCAGAAGGCCAUGAAAAGAAGGAU